UCUGCUGCGCUCUCAAAACAAAUACGGUGCGCUGUAUCCCUUUGUUUAUCAGUUCCUAUUGCGGAAAUAAUCGCCAAGUUUCUACUGGGUUUCCUGACGGAUUCUCAUUAGAGUACAAAAACGGUUGAUUGGUAUAUUGCAUCGUGUAAAUUGUCGUGAAUCGCGUCGCGUUCGCCGGUUUUCGCCGCCGCAAUGGAAGUCGAGAAUAUCGCUUCCGAGACCGAAAACGUGGCGGUGGAUGAGGCGGAGAAGCCGGUCGCGGACCAAGGCGCCGCCGGCGACGCCGCGACUUCGCAUUCGGAGCGUAUUCGUCGCAAACACAAGAAAUAUGUCCGCACCAACAGCAAGGAUGGCGUGAGCACGCCUACCCCGCUGCCUAAAUACCGCAACUGGAAAAACAGUCGCAGACCCCGAAACGGGCAUGGACGCGGCCUACCGAAGAAAGGCGGCGCGGGUGGCAAGGGCGUGUGGGGCGCCCCCGGCUCUGAGCUGCUCGAGGAGUACGUGGAGGACGCCAACGACCCCAACUACGACUCGGAGGCCAUCACCAACGGCGACGUGGAGUUCAAACAGGUCAUCGUGGAGGCCGAGCCCAUCGAGAUCAUUCGCAAGUCGGAGCCGGUGAUCCUGGAGUACUUCGAGCAUGGCGACACCAACGCGGCCGCCGAGGACCUGCUCGAAUUUGUCACAGCCAAGAGAAGCCACCUGGUUUGCGAGACGAUCAUAGAGAUUGCUCUAGACCAUAAGCCCUCCCAUUGCGAGAUGGCCUCCGUGCUCAUCUCCGAUCUCUACGGCCGCGUGUUUUCCGCCAAGGAUAUAGGAUAUGCGUUCGAGCGGCUGCUGGCUCGGCUGCCGGACUUAAUCCUGGACACGCCCGACGCGCCGAUAUUGUUGUCCAACUUUAUCGCCCGCUGUGUUGCUGAUGACUGCCUGCCGCCGCGGUUCGUGCAGACUCAAGCCAAGCUGGAACUCAACCCGCCCGCUAAACAAGCAAUCCACAGGGCGGAGACCCUCCUGUCAAUGAAGCAGGGACUAGUCAGAUUGGACAAUAUCUGGGGAGUCGGAGGCGGCAUCAGGCCAGUCAAGUGGUUGAUCAGACAGAUCCAGCUGCUGCUGAAGGAGUACCUGACAAGUGGUGACCUCGCCGAGGCCAUGCGCUGCGUGCGAGAGCUCGAGGUGCCGCAUUUCCACCACGAGCUGGUGUACGAGACAGUGCUGCUAGCAGUGGAAACGAUCAACUCCUCGGUGGAAGAGCAGCUGUGUACGUUCCUCGCCGAGCUGAGGCGGUGCGUUAUUGUAUCGCCAGAUCAGAUGGACCGGGGCUUCCUCCGCGUGCUAGAAGACAUGAACGACAUCGUGCUCGACGUGCCGCUAGCGUACAUCAUGCUCGACAGGUUCAUGGAGCGAUGCCAGAACAAGUUCAAACUGGGCGAGACUGUGCUCAAACGUAUGCCCACCAGAGGACGCAAGCGGUUCGUCUCGGAAGGCGACGGCGGCGUCAUCAAGGAUCACGCCUUGAAACUGCGCGAGUAAACGCAAGCGCACACGCACGGACACGUAGACAGGAUCACAUACACAUAGACAAGCGUAAAACAUAGACAUAGAUGUUAAAAUCUUCACAUAGACCCGCGUAAGAGAACAACAAUAAAAUGUUCACAUAGACAGGUUAAAAUGAUCCCAUAGACCCGCGUAACACAGACAAGAUAAAUGAUUGACAUAGAAAAGCGUAAACAUGUAUUCGGACGUACAUAAAACAGUAACUGACAUAAAGAUCUUGACAUUAAUUAUUGACCGAAAUACAUGAAGGGCAUAGAAAGUACAAGAACAGACAUAAAAAAACGUAGUUGACACAAAAAUGACCGUUAAAGCGUGACAUAGAACAACAGAGAACGACAUAGAACAACAUAGUACGGCAGAGAACAACAUAGAAAGCUUGACACCGCAAUUAUGACUGAGUUGUUGGAAGGUAAUAUUUUUAUAGUUAAAUCGCUUAUUUAAGCAGUCUUAUUGGCAUAUGGAUAAUUUAAAAAAAACUUAUAGAGAAAUAAAAAUUAAAAAGAAAUACAUUUAGAAAACAAUUGUAAAAAUGUAUGAAAACAGCUCGAUUGUUUUUCAAACUUAACAACAAUAUUUUGUACAAAUAAAGAACAAAUAAUACGAGUACAAAACGCUGCGUUAUUGUUAAGCGGCAAUUUCUUCCAGUCAUUUUUAUAGAACGUAUAAAGAAUAUGUUGCAGUUGCAUCUUUACGUUUAUAAACUAAAUAAAUUUUAACUUCUCAAACAUCCCGGACUCCAUAAAUCUCAUUUUGACCGUGCGCCGCCUGAGGCUGCGUUUCCAUUGACGCGGAGAUUUGCGGGAAUCGACCAAUCACCGUGAGGCAGAGUUUUCCGCUGUGAUUGGUCAAAUCCGCACAUCUCCGCUCUUCUCCGCCCAUCUCCGCGUCGGUGGAAACCCAGUCCAACGCUAUCUAAAGAAGAAAAAAAGAAGUCUGCGCUUAAAACUAAAGUAACACCUAGAGAAGGUGAGGUCGACGUUCCAUACGAAUCGGCGCGGGGCGUAGAGUUACCACUCUAUACGUAGUAUUCCUUACUUUAUGCCUAAGUACCUAUGUUUUAACGUUUUAACCGACUUCGAACAAAAGGAGGUUAUUAUACAGAUCGAGCUGUUUGUAAAGUACAUUUUUUCAUAAGCUGAAAAUGCUUUGUAAACUGCGUAAAAAGCGUAUAAUUAUUAUCCGGGCCGAUUUUUACGUUUUUUUAAUAAUCACGCUCUUUCCAUAGAAGGGUAGGCACAGCCAACUACAUGUAGUAUUGGAAAUAUUUUUUUUUAUUAUUAAAUUACAAAUUAUAAAUAAUAAACUCAAAAUCAAAUGUCAUUUUAUGUGAUAUGUUUUUAAUUAUUUUAAUAGUGUUAUUUAUCUCGGAUAUGAUAGAACCCUGUUAUCUGUCUACCCCGCAAAAGUGUAAAGCGUGAUUAAAAUUACUUCUGAAACAUUAAAAUCGGCCCGUCUCGUUAACAUUAAGGUUAGUGCGAAAUUAGUGCUGUUUUUUUUUAUAAGUACAAAAUUUCGGAAACAUCUCGCUUCAUUUUCGAUUAAAAAAACUUUUUUUUAAUAAAUACAUCUGAAUAUAAGUCCGUUGCGUGAUGGCGCGAAAAAUAACUCACGUUUUACUUCUUUUUUUAAAUAUAUUGUCCGAAAUCCCAACGAAUUUUGAGCCGAUUAUCUUUUUCAGUGAUAAGUUUUAAAAAGUACAUAUUUCGGGCCUGGCUCUGUCAUUUUUAAGCCGCCUUUGAGCCGUUUUUGGGCUUACGACUGACGUGAUUUGAGCCAGGUAACUAUAGUACUGUGGUUUAUACUAUACUCGGUUAUGUGCAACUUGGUUAAUUUGAAAGUUUACGCGGUUAUUAUCAUAAUUAAAACACAUAAUAACUACCCUAUGGGUAUGAGACUACCCUAAAGGGAGUCCUGCUUUAAACGCGGUAAGAACCCGUUAUUAUGUUUUUCAAACUCAUAAAGUCGAUUUCAGUGGUUUAUAGCCCAAACCGGGAAUCGAACGGGACACAACAGUGUAAGUUUCGUGUUUUUCUGAUAAGCCUCUUUGGCACUUGGCUGCACGCUAUCUUUCUGUCCAGGUACCAAAUUAAUCAAGCUACAUUUACUGAGUUUUAUAAUAAAAAAAAACAUUAAAAAAUAAAAAAAAUACUUGUUUUCACCAUAAUUGGCUCAAAAGUCAGAGUGGGGUCAGAUUAAAAAUUAUAAUUAAUAAAUAAUAAUAACAAAUAUUACAUUUGUAAGUUGUGUAUGUAAUCAACUCUAAUCACUGUUUACGGCGUUGUUUUUUUUUAAUGUAGUUACGUCAUGACGUUUCGUGACGUUUGACGUUUAGUGACGUCGACGGACGUGUAGUUGCGUCCUAGGGUAGGAUUUUAGAGGCUGGUUAAAAUCGAUAUUAAAAAAAAACUUUUAUUCUGGUAUUUAACCGGUCUCUUUUGUCAAAUCAAAAAUAUAAGAAAACCUCGAAUUUUUAGACGAAAAAAAAGUAAAAUGGCGGAGUUGACGUAUAGGCAGACAUGGCGGAUUAUAAGGUUUAUAAAAUAUAUUCGAAAACAGUUUUAGAACAUAUACAGGGUGUUAGUGACAUCGUAACGAAUACUCAGGGGGAUGAUUCAGACCAUGAUUCUGAGUUAAUAUUAAAUUCAUGUUUUUUUUUAGUUUUUUAAAAUUAUUUUCAAUUCUAUACUUUUGCGAUGGAAAAUUCCACUUGAUAUUAAUUCAGAAUAAUCAGCUGAAUCAUCCCUCUCAGUAUUCGUUACGAUGUCACUUACACCCCGCACAAGUACAUAUGGUAGCCAUACAAGUAGGUAUAGGUGUUAGUGACACCGUAACGAAUACUGAGGGGGAUGGUUCAGACCAUGAUUCUGAGUUGAUAUCAAGUGGAAUUUUCAGUCUGAAUAUUCAUGAAAAUUUUUGUUUUUUUUUUUUUAAAUUAUUUUCAGUUCCAUACUUUUGCGACGGAAAAUUUCACUUGAUAUCAUCUCAGAAUCAUGGCCUCAAUCACCCCUCAAAGUUUUUGUUACGAUGUCACUAACACCCUGUAUGUAUAUAUACAUACAGUCCUGUUAUUUUUCCCACCGUGGUAAGCAGAGACUGGGAUUCCAUUUGAUUGGAUCCUGGCACACUUCUCUUGCUUCCUCCACAUUCAUCAAUCGUUCAGGGCCAUAGAUUAUAGUAAGAUCCAGAGGGAGAAAGCUAAAUCUAACAUUUCCCAUGUGGGUUUCCUCCUUCACCGCCGAGUUCGUGAACUUCAUCUAAAAAGUACAACAUAAAAAUUAAAUGAGGGUAGCAUUAUAUUUUUGGUAUGACAAACUAUUUCUUUUUUUAUAUUGUGAAUGGUGGAAUGUCGCGUGUUUUGUUAAUUAAAAAGUAAAAAGUAGCGAUUUUGGCGGGCUGUUUGAUUUCAGUUUAAUUUGACAGUUCUAUAGAUCCUUGGCUUGCGAUAUGCAAGAGAGAGGCAGAUCUUCGAACACCAGAGGUCAAUAUAGUUACCGUUAACCAUUGACCUUGUAUAGAGGGUGUUAGUGACAUCGUAACGAAGACUUUUCGGGAUGAUUUAGACCAUGAUUCCGAGUUGAUAUCUAGUGGAAUUUUUCGUCGCAAAAUUGUGGCAAGUGAAAAUAAAAUAAAAUUAAUUUUCCGACAGGAUCCCACCACCAGGAUUUCCAGGAUCUAAUAGAAAUGUCAAUCUAGAAUGUAUUUCUCUGUCCAAAUCGUAUUACUUCAUUAUUGUAUUGAUCGUAGCUUGUGUCAUGCUAAGAAAUAAAAUUAAAAAAAUAAAUUGAAUACUGAUGAAUUUUUCUUUUUAUGUAUUCGUAUCUUAAAUACAAAAAUAAAAUGUAUUCAUGCGACGUUUCACAAUAAUGACUGCGUGUUAGGGCGAUAAUUUUAUUUUGUAUGAAAGGGAACACACGUCUUUUCUUUUGUCUUUCUUUCUGUAAUAGAAAGGGGGUGGGUAGGGUUCUUGGUUAUCUACCACUAAUGUCAAUCAUACAUACAUAAACAGCCUAUAUACGUCCCACUGCUGGGCACAGGCCUCCCCUCAAUCAACCGGAGGGGGUAUGGAGGAUCAAAUAAUGCCAAUGCCACUAAUGUCAAUCAAAAAGUCCAAAUUCAGUUGGACGUUUAAAGCAGUUCCUAAAACUUAUUCUCAUUUUAAAACAUUUUCUCAAUGUCCCUUGGUAAUUAUCAUCGUACUUCCAAAUCCAAACGAAUGCUAAUUUCCAUGUUCAUCAAUUGUUGUUGUCUUGAAUUAACGUGUAUUAGAAUUUGAAUUCAGACUUAAGUACUUUGUUAGUUCUAAAAAAAAUUUCUAAUACACGAUAAAUCAUAUAUGAGCAUCAAUUAUUAGAAUUUGAAUUCUGAAUUAAGUACUUUGUUAGUUCUGAAUUCAAAUUCUGAUACACGAUAAAUCAUAUAUGAGUAUCAAUUAUUAGAAUUUGAAUUCGGAACUCUGCUUUAUUAGUUCUGAAUUCAAAUUCUGAUAUCCGAUGAAUCUAAUAAUUGGUGAACAUGGGAAUUAGCAUUCGUUUGUAAUCGGAAAAGCGAUGAUUGCAAUAA